AUGCCGGGGACCCGCGGGCCGCUUUCCUCUCUGCUCCUGGCGCUGCUGUUGCUGCUGAGGGGACGGCCGACGGCGGCCGCCGCCACCCGCCCGCAGCCGGAGCGAGCGGCGCUACCGGGGGGAGCCCCCGCCUCGGCGGCCUCAGGGUCGGUGUUUAUGCUGAAGGUUCAAGUAAAUGACAUCAUCAGUCAUCAGUACCUGGCACAAGCAGUAGUGGAAGUGUUUGUUAACUACACCAAGACAAAUUCUACUCUCACUGGAAACAACGGAGCAGUAUUAAUAAAAGUUCCUUACAAGUUAGGAUUAAGUUUAACUAUCGUAUCAUACAAAGAUGGCUACAUGUUAACACCUUUGCCUUGGAAGACUGGGAGAAUGCCAAUAUACUCGUCUGUGACGCUCUCGUUGUUCCCACAAAGUCAAGCUAAUAUAUGGCUGUUUGAAGAUAGUGUUCUGAUCACUGGAAAAUUGUCUGAUGCCAAAUCUCAACCAAGCGUUCAGUUUCAAAAAUCUUUAAUAAAGCUUCCAACAGAUCACCAUGUUACAAAUGUUACAGCUUAUUUGACAGUGCCAGAGCAAUUCUUGAAAGUGGACAGUUUUCUUUAUACGACUGGAAUUCUUCUAAACAAAUCAGGUUUCAAAAGCAUUGAAUUGACUCCUCUUGCUGCAAUAUGUGCAAACAUUCUCUUGGCUGGGAAAGAACUGAAAGUAAAUGGUCCUAUUCAGAUUACACUUCCUCUUCCUACAAGUACUGUAAAAUCAGGAGAUGCUAUACCUGCAUGGACAUUUGAUAUGAAAACUGGUGCUUGGGUAAGCCGUGGACUAGGAAUGGUGAAGGAAGCAAAUGAUCAAUUAGUAUGGACAUACACUGCUCAACACUUAGGCUACUGGAUUGCAGCUCCACUGCCUGGAACAAGAGAAUCGAUCAUUAGUGCAGUUUCCAAGGACAUAACAGCCUAUCACACAGUGUUCCUUACAGCCAUACUGGGAGGCACUGUUAUCAUUAUAAUUGGAUUUUUUGCUGUUCUUCUUUGUUACUGCAGGGACAAAUGCGGUCAGACACAAAAGAAGGAAAAAAAUACAACAAAGCUGGAUGUCAUAAAAAAAGACCAGACCACAUCAACAACUCACAUAAAUCACAUCAAUGCUGUCAAGGGGUCUUUAAAGUUAGAGGAUAAGUCGCAGCUGUAUACGCCGAAGAUGUCUUCAUACAGCCCUCAAAGAAGGAUGUCCACGGACACAGAAGAUGGAAAAUCACGAGACAAUUUUAAAAUCUACUCUGAAGAUACUUCUUAUCAGUCAUCCUAUCAGACUGGUCAGUCCAUAAAUUCACCUCAUUCCUUGGAGCCUGGCGCUGGACUCAGACACUUGCAGCCACCAAAGCAUACUAACAGUGCUGCUUCCCAGGCUCCUAGGGACAUUCAAGAGCAAAACAGAUAUCUUACACUGCAAGAGGAAAUAUACGGGCUUUCCCAUAUCCCGGAACAUCUAAUGCAUAUUUACAACCAACCUAUUGCUAUUCUUCAAACUUCUGAUCUUUUCCAUUCCCCAGAACAACUGCACGCCGCUAAAUCAGCAACUCUGCCAAGGAAAGGACAGUUAGUGUAUAGCCCCAUGAUGGAGCCUGUGAAUCGAGAUGGUUACAUACAAACACUACCUAAAAUGCCAGUGCACUCUCAUCCACAGCCUUCUGUCUGCAGAGAUGAGAAAAGCACCUUGGAUGGUGAACAAGGCUUGCCUUCUCAAACGUCAAACUGGGGUCGGUACACUAACAGCUUACUGGAAUCUGUCUCUGUCCCUGGAACGUUGAAUGAAGCAGUUGUAAUGACUCCGUUUUCAUCUGAGCUUCAAGGCAUUUCAGAACAAACGCUACUGGAGCUCUCUAAGGGAAAGCCAUCUCCGCAUCCUCGAGCAUGGUUUGUGUCCCUGGACGGGAAGCCGAUAGCUCAAGUGAGGCAUUCUUUUAUAGAUCUGAAAAAGGGCAGAAAAACAGAGAGUAAUGAUACCAGUCUGGACUCCGGUGUGGACAUGAAUGAGCAUCAUCCUGGUAGGAAACUGGAGCGAGAGAAAACCUUCAUUAAAAAUAUGCCGCAUUCAAAGAUCCUUUACUUGGAAGAUCUGGAUCUGAGUAGCAGUGAAAGUGGGACCACUGUGUGUACUCCAGAGGACCAGGCUGUGAGGCACAUUCUGGAUGGAGGGAAUGGGCAAGCCAUAGAACAGCAUGAUGAAGAGGGUCUGAGAAGAAAAACUGUGUCAGGAAGUCAGGAAUCCGGAAUCCCUUCCCCUAAAAAAAGGGAUAGGCCAUCUCUCACAAAAAGAGAUAGCAAGACUAAUAUCUGGAAGAAAAGAGAGGAGAGGCCACUUAUUCCUAUAAAUUAAAACACAAUGUGCUUUGUGUUGUUGCUCUCCCUGCUGGUUGGUGACUUCUUGGCUGCUUGUGUAAUUCUGCAGUGUAGGGUUUACAAGGGAAAUAUUGUUUUCUAGUAUCAAGAAAAAUUAACAUUUUUUAAUGUACAGAUUGAGUUACUUUAACUUCAGCUGGGCAAUUGAUAUUCAAUAGGAAUUAAUUGAUAACAGGGAAACACAUGAAAAAUUUCCAAUUCCUAAUUUUGCUGGCAGUGUAGAGAGGGUCCACAUUUUAAUUAGCCUGUCAUUUUUUUUGACACAACUCUUAGAAUGCACAGUGAGAAAUGUAGGCACAUCGUUUUUUGUUGUUUUUAAUUUUUUGCUGAAGCAGUACUAUAGUGGCUCAAGCCAUUUCUCAGUCUUGUUCCUAAUAAAUGUGAUUAUCUGUACAGUAUUUUAUA